AUCGAUAAUUCGCAUUGAUCCAGAAGUCAGUACUGAGUCAGCAUCCAAAUGGCUAAAAUCGAGAAAACAGUGCCAAAGUUAUUCACCGCUCAAAGAGCAAAAAUGCUUUUCAAACUUUCGUCGGUAUCGACGGUUUUGUUUGUAAUAGUUGGUGUUUUAGCAAUCUGGGCCCAAAAUCAAGAAUACUUCGAAUUUACAGACAAAAUUCUUAAACCUAUCAAGUUCAUUCUUCCGUCUCAAGAAAUAGAAGCAAGUAGUAUUGAUACACUUGAUACACACGAACAUGACAGUGGAAUCCAGGAUGCCACAGAACAUAUUAGUAUAGUCCACGAUGAAAAAGAGCACGGUCACCAGGACUCAAAAGGUCGUGACAUGGUGAGAGCCACCUCUAAGAAACUCAAGGAAAUUAAAGACAAAAUUCGACAAAAAUUCGCACAUAGCGAGGGUCUGGAUCUCGACAAAAAUUUGCACGACGGUAAACUGGAAAGUUUUAAGUCGAACGUGCAAGUAAUAUAUCCAGGGACCAAGUGGUGUGGAGAUGGCAAUAUCUCAAGCUCCUACGACGAUUUGGGCGAAUUUGCCGAAACUGAUAGUUGUUGUAGGGAACAUGAUAGUUGUCCAGAUAACAUAGAAGCGGAUUCUAGAAAGCACGAUUUAAUAAAUACUGGGCUUUUUACGAGGUCGCACUGUGACUGUGACAAAAAGUUCCACCAGUGUUUGAAGAAUGCUAAUUCUAUUGUUUCUGAGAGCAUUGGGUAUACGUAUUUUACAGUUUUGGGUCCUCAGUGUUUUCGAGAGGAUUAUCCUAUAGUUGACUGCAUCGAGGAAAGAAAGGGACGAUGUGAAAAAUACUUGACAGAUCCUGAUCUAGGGGACAAAAUGUAUCAAUGGUUCGACAACUCUGUGUUUUAAUAGUAAUUAUAGACACCGGGAGAGUUUUACUUUUACACAAUAACAUGUAUUUUAUUCUAAUUCUACAAAUAAAGUACAUACAUUUUA